AACCAGACCCGAGCCACAGCGUUGUCACAUCAUAAAACAUGAUUAUUUUUGUACAAUGACAAACAACUCGCACAAACUCGCGAGAGUUUCCCAAAUUUAGGGUUACCGUUUAGACACGACCCGAGAGAGGCGGGGUUUUAAGAGCGCACGCUAUCAAUAGCUUCUCGCGAGAAUUCGGGGAUUUUCAGGUGAUUUUCCGGCUUUCUGUCUUGCUGUCAGAUUCAGAUUCAGGUCUGUAAACGGAGCAAAUGGCCAAAGUAGAGCUGACACCGCUCAGACCAUGGGACGACUUCUUCCCCGGGUCGGACAGAUUCGCUAAACCUGACGUGAAAGAUUUAGCGAAGUGGAAUAACAGAGUCGUCAGCAACUUGCUUUAUUAUCAAACCAAUUACUUGGCAAUGGCAGUGGUUGUUUUCCUCAUCGUCGGGUUCCUGAAUCCUCUGGGGAUGUUCACAGCCAUGGCUGUGGUGUCAGGCGUCUUCCUGGGUUCAGUGUGGGCCGGGGACAACCGAGCUGUGAUCAACAACUUUAAACGGCAAAACCCCACAGCGUUUGUGAUUGCUGUCAUGGUCGCCAGCUACAUCUUAAUAUCUAUGCUGGGGAGCGUCAUGGUGUUCAUGACGGCAAUCACUUUACCUCUGGCUUUGAUAUUCGCACACUCUUCAUUUCGCCUCCGCAACAUGAAGAAUAAACUGGAGAACAAGAUAGUAGGUGCUGGACUGAAGAGGUCACCCAUGGGCAUUUUGCUGGAAGCUCUGGGUCAGCAAGAGGAGAACUUUCAAAAAAUCCAGAGUUUCCUGGAGGGCAAACUGAAGGAGUGACUGGACUUGAGCCAAAGAUCUUGACUUUCUCAGAUGUAACAAAAUUCUGUAUUUCUGUCUAAACUCUCUUAAAAGUUUGUUUCAUAUAGUGUGCACACUGGUGUGUAUUUUGAAGUGAAGCAAAUGAUAAGCUUGUUAUCUGAAGGGCUUAAUCUUUACCUCGGGGUAUAAGUCACUCCACCCAGAACUUGUCAAGGCACUUUUCUCCAACAUGGUGAGGGCAUCUCAGUGCUGCCUCACACCUCUGCUAUGCAAUGUGUCAGUGUUCCUGUGCAACACAGCUGCACACUCCUUCCUAGGUAUGAAAUCCUUAUUUAAUGAGUCUCAGAAACAGCCGUCAGUCAUGCCAGCUUACUCUCAACUACAAUUGUGAAAGCAAUGCAAGUGUUGCUUUUUAUUUAACAAAGAACAAAAAAAUGCGCACUCAACACACAUCAUUGCCAAGAUACUCGAACUGUUCUCUCUGGAUUGGUUUAUGCUUUUGAAUAAUGUUUCCUCAUAAAAUGUAAUGGUUUACUUAAGCACACAUUUGAAUAGAAACCAACCUACCUUACCCUCAUGCAAAUAAAAAAGACAAAAGAGAAA